UCAUUGAAUCCUCAGAAAAAGGAGUUUCCAGGGACAAACUCAGUGAUCAAGCCAUUUGAAGAAAGGCCUGCAAAGAGGAUCCUGAUAACCUGCAAAUCCCUGAGUUUGAAUCUCCAGGCCUGUGUUACUGAAAAUGAAAAUGAUCCUUCAACCAACGUAGAGCCUUUCUUUGUGAGCGUGGCACUGUAUGAUGUCAGGGAUGGCAGGAAGAUCUCUGCUGAUUUUCAUGUGGAUUUGAACCACACACUCGUUAGGCAGAUGAUUUCAGGUUCCUCGUUUUCAUUAGAAAAUGGCUCCGUUGAAAAUGUGGACUCAAAUGAGAUGGAAGAACCACAGGUCAAGGGAUUCCCAGAAGAGUGGCUGAAAUACCCAAAACAGGCUCUUUUCUCCAUAAGUAAUCCUCAUUCUGAGAUCGUAUUAGUAGCAAAAAUAGAAAAGGUGCUUACGGGAAACAUUGCCAGCAGUGCUGAACCUUACAUUAAGAAUCCUGAUUCUUUUAAGUGUGCACAGAAAGUGUUAAAAUCCAAUAAACAGUUCUGCAGCAAGCUGGGGAAAUACCGUAUGCCAUUUGCUUGGUCAGUGAGACCAGUGUUUAAAGAUAAUCAGGGAAAUGUUGACAGAGACUCCCGAUUCUCACCUUUAUUCAGGCAAGAAAGUAAUAAAAUUUCCGUGGAAGAUUUGAUUAAACUAAUAGCAGAAUACAGAAGAGCAGAGAAGAUUAGCAAAAUACAGACUAUACCUGGCUGUUUGGAGAUUGCAGUUGAUUGUGUUCCUUUGGAACAUUCAAAUUGUGUAACUUCGUCUUUUAUUCCAAUCAAGCCAUUCAAUGACAUAAAGGAGCAUCAACCUACAGUGGAAAUUGAGGAGUUUGUACAGGAAUCAACAAAAUAUUCUCGACCUUACAGAGUAUACAAGAACCAAAUAUACAUAUAUCCAAAACAUCUCAAGUAUGAUAGCCAAAAAUACUUCAACAAGGCACGGAAUAUAACAGUGGGCAUUGAAUUUAAAAGCUCUGAUGAAGAAGGAGCAAAGCCACUGAAGUGUAUUUAUGGGAAGCCAGGUGGACCAUUAUUUACAACUGCAGCCUACACUGCUGUGCUACAUCAUUCCCAGAAUCCUGAUUUUUAUGAUGAGGUGAAAAUUGAACUUCCCACUCAACUCCAUAAGAAACACCACAUUCUGUUUUCAUUUUAUCAUGUCACCUGUGACAUAAAUGCAAAAGCUAAUGCCAAAAAGAAAGAGGCUCUGGAAACACCAGUGGGAUACGCAUGGCUUCCUUUGUUGAAAGAUGCCCAGUUAGCUUCCCAAGAACACAACGUGCCAGUGGCAAGCAGUCUGCCUCCCAAUUACCUGAGCCUUCAAGAACCAACUAGUGGAAAGCAGAUCGGCUGUGAUGUAAAAUGGAUAGAUAGUGGGAAACCACUAUUCAAAGUCUCUACUUUUGUUGUAUCGACAGUAAAUACUCAGGAUCCAUACCUGAAUAACUUUUUCCAUCAGUGCCAAGAAAGGGAAAAGGAUCUGUCCCAGCCUCCUACCUCAAACUUUAUCAAUUCUUGUAAG